ACUACUGUCUCCCAGGAGUCAGGACUGGCCACCUACAUUUAUAAUAAAUCUCUUACUGGUGCGCAUGACGAGCCAACUCUCCAACCUAAUCAGAACCUAUUUGUUUAUUUUAAUCGAAAUCUGAUAGUGACGUAAAUAUAUUUUUUAAAUGUGUAAAGUUAAUCCAAUAUAUAUUUGUAAAUUUCAAACGUCUCUUUAUCGUACUUGUGGUGUUUACGAGGCAGUCUUGGAAGAAUCCAAUAACAUGAGCAGGGAGUUGGACGAUCUCGCAGAGGUGCAUCAAGCUCUUCGUGGAAUCAUCCGCUGCUGCUGCUGUUACUGUUGACAAGUUGAACGAGUGUGCUGCUGUCUGUAUAACGCACAGAGAGCAGAGAGGUUUAGCAGUGCCUAUAGUGAUUUAAGGUCCAUUUUGGAUGGUGUGGGACAUUUAUAUGGGUCUUUUUCCACAGACAAAGCUGCUGUGUCAGGCAGACUUUUUGGAAGGAGAGUUCUAGUUCCAGUCGACCCAUUCUAACUUAACCCCACGUGCACUCGCUCACCGACAGCCCAGUCGACAUCAAAGCCCUCUCUCUGUCUCUCUCUCUCUCCCCUUGCUGCUGGGCACAUCUUCUCCUGUCUGUCCUUUCAUGGGGAUGUCUGUCCUCUAACUGCCUCUCUCUCUUCACUAACUGCUAGCAAAUCAUUUUGGACACUUCGCCACUAUGGAAGACUAUGACGUGCCAUCAGCGGGCAGUAUCCUGGCCUCAGUCAAAGAGCAGGAGGCGCGCUUUGAGCGUCUGACCAGGGCCCUUGAAGAGGAACGCCGCAAUGUCUCCCUGCAGCUGGAACGUGGCAACCUGGCCUCUGAUAGGUUUGCGGGUGGCACCACUGACGUGAGCAAUCAACCACUGGCCUGGCAACAGAUGGUCAUGCAGGAGCAGAGCCCCAGUAACCAGACAUCACUGGCCAUGAUGCAGGAGCCCCAGGAGGUUGUAGAAGAGACAGUAACCAUAGAGGAGGACCCUGGCACACCCACCUCUCAUGUUUCUGUGGUUACCUCCGAAGAUGGGACUACACGCCGCACAGAGACCAAGGACAAUUCAACUAAUGUGAAGGUGACCAGAGUUGUUAAAACCAUCACACGACGAACCUUCCAGCCGGUUAUCCUGACAGAGUCCAAACCUUCUACUCCCAUACCUACACCCAUCCCUCCAUCUACGCCAACACCAUCUGAAAUGAAACCAGUGACUAAGAUGGUCAAAACAGUGACAACACGGACAGUUCGACAGGUGCCACUGGGUCCAGAUGGCCUCCCUCUUCCAGAAGGUUCAUCUCCACUGGGGAGCUACACCGACUCCAUUGAUCGCCGCUACGUGAAGAACGGUGAAGGCUUCAUCACACCCCAGGCCACCUCCACCCUCACACGCUCCUUCAAAAAUUACAGCGAUUCCUACAAUGACACUCCAGACAGCCAGUAUCGCCAUUACGGCCUUCACGAUGGAUACGGAGACAUGCCUGACAACUACGGAAGCCUCCCUAGUGGAGUUAACUACAGGCCCUAUCGGCCCUACAUGCCUGGUGGAUACCAGCCAGAGAACAGCUACACACUCCCCAUCCGCAAGUACGACUAUGGGCAUGUGGCCCAGCCACAGGUCCCUAUGGGCAGUAGCACUGUGGAUCUCAAUCGUUCUCAGCCUGAACGCUUUCAAGCGGAACCCUACGGCCUGGAGGAUGACCGCCGCAGUCUGGGCCCCGACGAUGAAGAGCCGUAUGAUCUAGAGCCUGAUUAUUCUACAGCUAACCGCCGCACGCUGACUGGACGUACCAUUCGAGAGCCACUACGCAAUGGCCCUCGCGUAAGAGGCUAUGAAGACCACAUAGAGGCUGAAUUAAUUGAUGAAAGACACCCCUACAUCCAUGGCAUGUUCCCAGCUCCCCUUGCCCAACCUGAGAGGGGCAGCAUGGCUAGUCUCGACCGCAUGGGUGGCCGUCGCUCCCCCUCGAUAGACAGUAUCCGCAAAGACCCUCGCUGGAGGGACCCUGACCUGCCCGAGGUCAUUGCCAUGCUAGGUCACCCCAUCGAUCCCGUCAAGUCUAAUGCAGCCGCCUACCUGCAGCACCUCUGCUAUGAGAAUGACAAAAUAAAGAAGGACGUGAGGCAGUUGAAGGGGAUCCCAGUGCUGGUGGGGUUGUUGGAUCACCCUAAAGCUGAAGUCCAUCGUAAGGCCUGCGGAGCUCUGAGGAACAUCUCCUAUGGCAAGGACCAUGAUAACAAGGUGGCCAUCAAGAACUGUGAUGGGAUUCCCGCUCUCAUUCGUCUGCUGAGGAAAACCAACGACAUGGAAGUUCGUGAACUUAUCACAGGAACACUUUGGAACUUAUCAUCCUAUGAGCCUCUGAAGAUGGUCAUAAUUAACCACGGGCUUCAGACGAUGACAAACGAAGUCAUCAUCCCUCAUUCUGGCUGGGAACAUGAGCCCAAUGAAGACUCAAAGCCACGCGAUGCAGAGUGGACCACUGUCUUCAAGAACACAUCAGGAUGUCUAAGGAAUGUGAGUUCAGAUGGAGCAGAGGCACGUAGACGGUUGCGUGAGUGUGAGGGGCUGGUAGAUGCCUUGCUGCAUGCACUGCAGUCUGCCGUUGGAAAGAAGGACAUGGACAACAAGUCUGUUGAGAAUUGUGUUUGCAUCAUGAGGAACCUGUCUUACCACGUGCACAAGGAGAUUCCAGGGGCUGAGAAGUUCCAGGAGUCCUCGGCUCUUCAGGGCCCUGGCUCUGCCAGCACUCAGAGGAAAAAGAAAGAUGACGCAGGCUGCUUUGGAGGAAAGAAGGCCAAAGAGGAAUGGUUUAAUCAAGGGAGGAAAAAUGGAGAGCAUGACAAAAACUAUGACACGCUGGACCUACCCAAGCGCACAGAACCCACUAAAGGUUUUGAGUUACUGUAUCAGCCCGAGGUGGUUCGUCUCUACCUGUCCCUCCUGACAGAAAGCCAGAACUACAACACACUAGAAGCAGCGGCUGGAGCUAUACAGAACCUCAGCGCUGGACAGUGGACCUGGUCGAACUAUAUCCGGGCAACAGUGCGUAAGGAGAAAGGGUUACCCAUUCUUGUAGAACUUCUGCGCUCGGACUCAGACAAGGUGGUGCGAGCUGUGGCCAUAGCUCUAAGGAACCUGUCCAUUGACCGCCGCAACAAAGAUCUAAUAGGGAGUUAUGCCAUGAGGGACUUGGUUAGCAACCUGCCCAGCGGACAGCAGCGGCCAGCCAAGAACCUGGAGGAGGAUACAGUGGUGGCCAUCCUCAACACAAUCCAUGAAAUCAUCACUGAAAGCUCUGAAAACGCUCGCUCUCUCAUUACUGCUCAAGCAAUCGACAAACUAGUGUCCAUCAACAGGACCAGCCAGUCAGCAAGGGAGACUAAAGCUGCCUCCCAUGUACUACAGACGGUUUGGAGCUAUAAGGAUCUGAGAAACGUCCUAACCAAGGACGGCUGGAAUAAAACGCACUUCCAGCCUAUCACGACUGGCACUCCCAAAAUGUCCAAGAGCUGCAAGCCUGGGUACGACGACACUACACUGCCUUUGAUGGAGAAGAACCAAGGCAACAGAGGGUGUGGCAGUGGAGAUAUGAUACCUAUGGAUGAAUUUGGUCCAGAUGGCUAUUCGACGAUCAACCAGAGAGACAAAGACUCAAAGUACAAAGGCAGUGAUGGCUCGUCGGACCUGCAGGAGCGGGAGCCAUUAAAGAAUGACACAAAUAGGAAACACUAUAUCAGGAGUAACAGGCCGACUGUCAGUCUGGUGGAUGCUUGUGAUGUUAAACCUCAGCCUGUUGACUCCUGGGUCUAAAUGCAUGCAUGGCUUAGCUAGCAACAGCAUCUUUACCACACAAGGAUUUCAUGUGUCACCACUGCCAUUAACCGCAGAGCUCACCGUGAUGUGGACUCAUCUGAAGACUUUUGCCUUAAAAAGCAAGAGAAAAAUUCGAACUUUCAUUCAACAGCCAAUAUUUUGUGGAAAGUGGAAAGAAAUUAAACUAUUUGAAAAAAAACAACAAAAAAAAAAAACAC